GCUAAUAUUUUUGACGCACACACGUUUCACGUUGUGCCAUCCGUGUUCUUCUCUCCAUCCCAAAAUUUCGGCGGUGCCCGUGUGCCAUCCUCUCCGAAUAAUCCACCACCAAGCCAAGAACUUCAAGAACCGAGCUUUCGAAUUUGAAGAGAAGAUCCCUAAUCGUUGGAGCGCGAAAGGCACAAUAUUGAAAAUGCAAGUCUCGGGUGCUAUCAGCGACGUUUUGGUGGUGCUUCCACCUUCGGCAUCUCUCAGGUUACCAGAAUUCCGCCAUUUGCAUGCUUUUGGUGUUUCUGACGCCAAGAAUUUUCUUUCUGGUGGAUUUCUUAAAAGCUGUCCUUCAUCUUACAAUCCUAAGCACAACAACGAACUCUACAAUUUCCGAGCUAGAGGCUUAGUUACAAGAGCAUCAGCAGAUUCAAGCGAUAAUUUGGAACCUUUUGCUCCUCUCCAAUUUGAGUCACCAGUUGGCCAACUCUUGGAACAAAUUUCAAAUACCCAUCCUCAUCUACUGCCAGCAGCCAUUGAUCAGCAACUAGAGAACCUUCAGACUGCUAGAGAUGCCCAGAAAGAAUCGUGGAUUUCAUCUCAUGAUUCCCUUUACAAGAGGAUAGCUGAAAUUAAAGAGAAAGAAAAGCGUACAGCAUUGGAAGAGAUAAUAUACUGCUCAGUUGUACAUAGAUUUUUAGAGAACAAUAUUUCAAUGAUUCCAAAAAUAUCAGCAACUUCAGAUCCUACUGGUCGAGUGGAUUUAUGGCCUAAUCAAGAGCUGAAACUAGAAGCUGUUCAUUCUCCAGAGGCAUUUGAGAUGAUACAGAGUCACUUGUCUUUGGUACUAGGAGACCGACUUGUGGGUCCACUCCAGACAAUUGUUCAGAUUAGUAAAAUUAAACUGGGAAAGUUGUAUGCUGCUUCAAUAAUGUAUGGAUAUUUUCUCAAACGAGUUGAUGAACGGUUUCAGCUUGAGAGGUCAAUGGGAACCCUUCCGAAGGAUUUUGGAAAAGCUAAAAGCUUUGAUGAACCAUCAUCGACAAACAAGCUUUGGGAUCCUGAUUCCUUGAUCACAGUUCGUGAUUAUGACGAAAGUUAUAAUGACAGUGAUUACUUGGAUACUGGUGACGGCAAAUCAUUCCGACUGAGAGCUUAUGUGAUGCAGUUGGACGCAGAGACGCUUCAGAGACUUGCCACCGUACGAUCUAAGGAAGCAUUAUCAUUGAUUGAAAAGCAAACUCAGGCCCUGUUUGGAAGGCCGGAUAUCCGUGUAGCUGAUGAUGGUUCAAUUGAAACCUCCAAUGAUGAAUUGCUUUCACUCACCUUCUCUGGCUUGACCAUGCUAGUUUUGGAGGCCGUGGCUUUUGGAUCAUUCCUGUGGGACAAAGAAAACUAUGUUGAAUCCAAAUAUCCUUUUCUUAAUGACUAGAUGACUGUACCCGUCUUUUCACUGUACUUCUUAGACUGUAAAGAAUGUAAAUGUAAUGCAUGAAAAUUUACGCUGUAGUAAUCUGUUAGGCGGCGUUUGGGUUGUCAAGGAAUUGUUUGCUAGUUAGUUUCAAUAUUAUAGAACUUCAGAAAAACCACAUGUGUGUGAAGGUAUACAGGAAAAUGUACGUAGAGCAAUGGAACCUCAACGAAGUUAAAGCCUCAGUCAGUUAACUGGGAUUUCCUCAAUCAAAAAGUUACAUGUAUUGUUGACUCA